GCAUCUCGCACUUUCACGGUCUAUAAUUACGGGCCCAGAUCUAACCUCGUAUCACAUCACGAUCCCCAAUCGAUCAACAUGUACUCAAUCCCACCUCCCUCGCGCACCCCCAGUCCACCCCCAGAACCUCCCCCAGACCCAAACGCCGUCAUCGACCCCCGCAACAAACCCAUUCUCACCGUCGCCCAAAAAAAAUACACCACCUAUGAUUUCACCCCCUUCCUCUCCUCUCCCGCAGUCCUGCACCGCAUGCGCGAAAACCGUCACCAAAUCCCCCUCAUCUCUCCCAUCCCUGCAACACGUAUCCCGUCUCCUCUGGCCGAAAAUCUUCACCCCUCCGUCAUCAAAGAUGUCCGGGACUUUCUUCUCGGGGCCGGGAAAUACAAAUCGCCAUAUACUCGAAAUUAUUCCGGCAACGGACACGAGGUGUGGAAGUCCUGGAAACGCGCGUGGGAUAUUUGGAAUAAUCAUUAUAUAGAAGGACGAGUAAAUGAAGUAUGGGUUGCACGCGCCUAUGCAGAGUGGGAAGCUUAUAUUAAACAACAGAAAAAGAAGGGGAAGCUUCCGUUUGAGGGGCCAGCGGGGAAGAGACAGUACAGGAGGAAGAAAGUGAAGAUAGGAAAACCGUAUAGAACGGAAGCUAAAGCGCUCGAACAAUUCGAAAAGAACAUUACUGAGAUAGCGCAAGGACGGAAAGAUUGGAAAGAACGUGCCACCCAGAAUCUCAAAGCGCUGUUCAAGCAAAAUCGAAAUUUGGGAGAUGGAUAUAUAGAGUUUUGUGAAGCGCUUGCUGAAUGGCAGCGACGCAAUGGGGGGGCACCGAAAUGGGAGGACUUCCAAAACUACAAGAAAUGGGCACCGGAGUAUCUCCCUUUGACUAUGGAAUACGUCCGUGAUGAACUACCAUUGCACUUGAAAGAUCGAGUCGAAGAGCUUCUCAGCUCGGAAUUUUGGAAAAAAGACCCUAAACCUGAAGCCCAGCCAGGUUCCAUCGAGUACGCUAUCGCUCUCGCCAAAUGGGAAGACUCGCCCGAAGUUCGUCGAUGUAAAUUAACCAAACGUCCCAACUGGAAUGAAUCAUAUAGACCCGCUGAGAGUCUGGAAGAGAAGUAUAUUGAAUUCGCGACGAAAUUGACGCCUCCUGCAGUAAUCAAUGAAUUCAAAGAGCGCAUGGAGAAAAAUAAGAGACUGGGCGUAGGAUACAUUGAGCUCUCAUGGCAGGAAGCACAUUACAAUAUCACAUUGGAAGCGUACGGAGGAGACUUGGAUCCGACGAUUAUGGAAAAGCCUGAUCCGAAAGAUUACAUUGAUAAAGCACGCCCGGGAAAGGCUGAUGAGAGCAAUGCACCCGCGACGGCUAUUGAUCGUGAGCCUGACGAUGGCGAUGAGGAGGAGGACGAAAACUUCAAUCCUAAUGACCUCACAAGACCAUUUCCAAUCGAAGAGGAUGGAUCUAGCGGAGGGUUCUUCGCCAUGAAGGAUUUCACCGAGUACGCUGUUCCAGAUGAAGAUGACGCGAAUUUUCAAGAAUAUUACGAUCCCGUUGAGAAUAGCGUUUGGAGACCCAGGCAAGUCGGCGAACAGCAUGUUAAAAUUGAUAUGGAUGAGGAACCGGAUGCUUUCCUGCAGAAUUCCCAGUUUGAGAUUGAUGGUGGUGUGGAUUGUGGAAGAAGUCCUUAUCCUCUUCUCCGCCCCCUCUGCAGAUAUGCACAAACCAAAGUUACAAUGCCCAAUGAUGACCAACCCAAUACACCUUCCACGCUUAAAUCAAAAGACCACGGAUCACUUCUGAAGCUUAAAAAGUAUUGGGACAGAGUAACAGGCACCAUCUUCAACACCCCAACCAAAAACAUAUAUCAACAAACUCUAGAUAAAGCUGAAGAUCGCAAUCACAGAGAAUCGUUCCAAGAUAAUGACAGCUACCAGAACCCGGACAUAUUUCCCUUGGAUAUUCGACGAUGCGAGACGAUUUCAACUACAGCGUUCAAACUCGGCGAGGAACGUCCAAAUAUAGUUGACCCCCGAGGAAAAGACAACAUUGUCGAGCCAUCUUUCAGGAUGAAGGAGAAGGAAUACAGACCCAUGAGAAUUGAUGAUCCGUGGUGGGUUGAACCCGAGCAAAAGUAUUACCGGGAUAUGCCACCUCGGAACUACCCUCCAACAUGCGACGAAACACAAUCUUAUCUACCAAAAGAUGUCAAGCUUUGGAAUGAUGAAAUUGACAGAGAUUCUGAUUUGAAGAGUAGAUACUUUGUGGCUAACCUGGACGGGAGAACUGUAAGCAUCAAUGGAAUCGCAGUUUGCAAAGGCGAAAUCGCAGGUCCAUUGCCAGAAUUUGCUAUCAUACAAAGCGAGGGUGGUGGGAUAUCUUUCUGGCAUGGCGUUGGCGGUCGGUUUUACUUACAGCCGGCUGAUGCUGGCACCAAAAAUUGGUCUCAACAAUGGAGCUCAUUGAGACAAACUUUGAAAGAUGAAUAUUUUGGCGUCGCGGCCGGAUACUACUGGCAAAAUGCGAUUGUGGCCAAAAUAAUGGAAGAUGAUGAGGGCGAAGGAGAGCAAGAUCCCAAGUGGAUAAGAUGGAAAAACGCAAAACCAGCAAGAAACAAAAGUAUACCGGAUCCCCGCGCUAUCAAACUCAAACUCAUGUCCCAGCCCGGUUUCCUGGAUCAAGAUGCUCAAUUUGAUGAGAACGAGGACUGGGGAGCUCCUGGACCUUUGCCAUUUGAGAGCCCAGAAGCUGAACUUAAAUGGGUAGCCGCGCAGCUUCAUUUUCAAGAGACGUUUCUUGGUCAUUCAUGGCUUAGGUCAGAAAUGGUUGAGCCAACCAGCGAUACAGCAUGGGGAGGACUCCCUCCCAACUAUGGAGACGUUUCGAAUGGCCCCACCGACGAUCAAAGGGAUCAAUGGUGGGCAACUCAUAAAGAUAAUGCCGAAAAGGUACAAACACAUUCCUCUGAAUUAUUCCAUGAGCAGUUCCUCGAUGAAAUUGAAGAGGAGCAAAACGCAUAUGAAGCCAAGAGUUUGAAACGACAGGCUGACAAUGAUGGUUACUUCCCACCCGAUGCCAAACGAUUCCGAAAAAACAUAGAAGCAAGAGAAAAACAGAGGAUGGAGGAAAUUGAAAAGCAAGAAGAAGAGAGGGUUGAAAUGGGUGUGCAGGAAUUGAUCGAUGAGAUAAAUAAGGGAGUCGAAGAAAUUCAAGGGCCUGCACCUGGGUCGCAGCCAACGAAACUUGAUCUGUGGCAGCCAGCAUCUCUCGCCGAAGCUGAGACACAAGCAAGAGAAGCUCUACAAAGAGUUCGGGAAUUGGAGCGUCUGAGAGUGGUAUUCAAUGAACAGAGGAAGGAUACGCACGAAAUCCCAAUUCCGCCCAUCAAAGACCCCAUCGCGGGUCUUGCUCCUUCAAGAAUCUUGACAUUGCCUGAGAACAGGUGGGCUCUGGAAGCAAUAGUGAGACAUAGGGAGGAACAUCGUUUAGAUGAAGAAGUCCAGGAAACAUCAGCCCUGAAUAACCAGAAUGCAUCUGAAAGAUUGAAACGGAAACGUAUCGCGGAAAAGCGGAGACGAGGUGCACUUGGAUUUACACCAAUGACGGAUGCAGAUCGAAAAGAGCAAGAGAGAAAAUUAAAAAUCAAAGCGCAGGAAGAGAAAGAUUCACGGGAUUUGAAACUCUAUUUGAAAUUGGCCGAGAAGUACAAGAUAAAAGAGAAACAAGUUAAAAAAGAUAAACAACACGCUGUAGCUGUGAAAGACGGACUCCAGCCUGGCGAUAUUGUAAAGGCCGAAGCGGCGUCGAAAAAGGGAGAAAAGGAGCUGGAAGAACAGCAACUUCACAUGGCGAAACAACUUUCCUUGUUGAGCUGGGCCCAAUCCAACCGUCUCGCUCUCCAUGAUCUUAUCCAAAAAACAUCGAUUCCUCACUUUGACCCCACGGACUUCAACACUUGGGUUCACAAGGCAUCCAACAGCAAGAUAGAUAAGGAAACCCUCGAGUCGGCCGGCACAGCCGCCGCUUCAAUGGGAAUGACUAUUACCGAAUGGUUUACGAACGUCCACGGCGUCGCAGACGCGAAAGCGUAUCUCGCAAAGCUUAACAAACACAAAGCGCCAUAUUACGUAUUAUCACUGGAUUCCAAGAAAGCCAAAAACGACUUCCGGAGCGAUUUGCUCGCUAGUGUUUCGGGUCACGAUGGAACUAAGGAAGGCGAAUUUGCGAGUUGGAAUGAUGUGGUUUCAAGUAUGCCUAUUACCCCGGAUUGGAAUUCGAUAAUGAGGUCUGGCCCUCUGCAGGAGCCGGAGACUUUUGGCAUGGUGCCCAGGAGGCAGGUGAUAAAUGCGUAUGAUGGUGAAUCGACGUGGGUGGGUGAGUUGUGAGUUGUGAGGGGGGCUGGGUAUAGCGGUAUCUGCGGAUUUUAUAUAUUAUGUGUGGACUUUCUCUGUAUAUUGGCGUUGUAUAGUGAUAGGAUAUUUGUGUUGGGUAUAGAAUCUGAAUUCCACUUUCACUUUCACUUAAUUUGCAUCGUGCUUGGAAAUCGGCGGAUCAGUAAUCAUGGCAAUUCGUAACGGACUCGUCCGCUUCAAUGUAGUUCUCCUCAAUAUUUGACAUUACGCCAAUGACAAUUUGGCCUUCUA